GGAGUCUCUUUGAGGAUUUCAACAUGACGGCUCGUCUCUCGCGGAUCCAGCUGGCUCUCUUCUUUAUCUCGCUUUGUCCGGUCAAUAUCAUCGGACUGUGGUGGGCGGUGGGCAGUCCACUGGUCAUGGACCCCAACAGCAUUUGCAGGAAGGCAAAGCGCCUGGCGGGGAAACAGGCUGAGCUGUGCCAGACUCAGCCUGAGAUCAUCAACGAGGUGGCCAAAGGAGCCAGGCUGGGCGUCCGGGAGUGCCAGUACCAGUUCAGGUACCGCAGGUGGAACUGCACCAGCCACCACAAAUACUUUGGGAAAAUACUUCAACAAGAUAUCCGGGAGACAGCUUUUGUUUAUGCCAUCACAGCCGCUGGUGUGACCCACUCUGUGACGCAGGCCUGCAGUAUGGGAGACCUCCUGCAGUGCGGCUGUGAGGCCACCAGGAACAGACCGCCUCCGAAGCCGUCCUCCUCUGGGGACGGGGUCAAGUGGGAGUGGGGGGGCUGCGGAGAUGAUGUGGAGUUUGGUUAUGAAAAGUCAAAGCAGUUUAUGGAUGCCAAGAGGAGGAAAGGCAAGAGUGACAUCAGGACGCUCGUCGACCUGCACAAUAACGAAGCUGGCAGACUGGCAGUAAAGCUCUACAUGAGGACUGAGUGCAAAUGCCACGGACUGUCAGGCUCGUGCACGCUGCGCACGUGCUGGAAAAAGAUGCCGCAUUUCCGUGAAGUGGGCGACCGCCUGCUGGAGCGAUUCAACGGCGCCUCGAAGGUGAUGGGCGGCAAUGACGGGAAGACCCUGAUCCCUGUGGGCCAGAAUAUCAAACCUCCGGACAAGCAGGAUCUGAUCUACUCGGACGAGUCUCCGGAUUUCUGCCUCGCAAAUCGAAAAACAGGUUCACUGGGAACAAAGGGGCGUAUAUGCAACAGCACGGCCAUGGACAUUAGCGGCUGUGAUUUGUUGUGCUGCGAGCGAGGCUUCCGGGAGGAGACGGUGAUGUUUGAGGAGAACUGCUUAUGCCGUUUCCACUGGUGUUGUGUUGUCCAGUGCAAAAAGUGCAUGGUUCGAAAAGAGCUUAGUCUCUGUAACUGA